AUGAGAGCGUCUGAGAGUGAGUAUGAGAGAGAGUAUGAGAGCGAGUACGAGAGCGAGUACGAGAGCGAGUACGAGAGCGAGUACGAGAGAGAGUACGAGAGAGAGUACGAGAGAGAGUACGAGAGAGAGUACGAGAGAGAGUACGAGAGAGAGUACGAGAGAGAGUACGAGAGAGAAAAGUACGAGAGAGAGUACGAGAGAGAGUACGAGAGAGAGUACGAGAGAGAGUACGAGAAAGAGUACGAGAAAGAGUACGAGAAAGAGUACGAGAGAGAGUACGGGAGAGAGUACGAGAGAGAGUACGAGAGAGAGUACGAGAGAGAGUACGAGAGAGAGUACGAGAGAGAGUACGAGAGAGAGUACGAGAGCGAGUAA